AUGGCUGCUAGACGGGAAGGACUGAAGAUCCAUGUCGGGGGCAAGGCUGCCUUGGGUCUGUUUGCCCUGAGUCUCAUUGGAUUCGUCGCAGAGUCACAGCUGACGCAGCUAUAUACUCCACUCCUCGUUCAUGAUCAUGCUCCACUGCAUCUCGCGUUCCUUGCCACCGCAGCACGACAGUCUCCUCGGGAGCUAUGCGUCCGACUGAUUACCGCGUUACAACAGCAUUUGUCGCCUCCGGGUGUCAGAACUACCCACUUCCCGAGGAGAAGGCUCGCUUGGCUCCUCGCACUCCUUACCAUCGGUGCGACUCUGCCCGGGUUGCUCUGGUUCAUCGCUGUGUCAUUAGCACCGGUGACGGAUAUAACCGCAUUAUGGAACACGAACGCAUUCUUCGCGUACCUUCUCUCGGUCCGCGUAUUCAAGCUCAAAUGGGAGCCUGUCCGUCUAGCCGCAGUUAUUCUUGCGACCCUUGGUGCCACAGUAGUUGUCUACGGCGGCAGCAGCAGUAGCGCAGACGCACCUGAAGCAGUUCACCAUACCGGAGCGAACAACCACGCUCCCUUGGCAGGCGAUCUGUUGUCCCUCCUCGCAUCUGUCCUGUACGGCGUGUACCAAGUCUUCUACAAACUAUACGCUGCGCUUCCGUCAGACCCCGAGGAGCUGCUCGACACCGAGCCUCCCGCCGGCGCAUACGCGCGCAUCCCGUCUGAGAAUGAAAUGGAGGAAGACAUCGUAGCCGCUGAGCCUGCGCCCAGCACAGUCCUUCCCUUCGGGCUGUACCCGAACAUGCUCACCUCCGCCAUCGGGGUAUGCACCUUCUUCGUGCUCUGGAUCCCCAUUCCCAUCCUACAGCUUCUCGGCGUCACCCGCUUCGCGCUGCCCACAUCACCUGCGCAGAUCCUCUCCAUCGUCGGCAUCUGCAUCAGCGGGGUCAUGUUCAACGCCGGUUUCAUGAUUCUCCUCGGCAUCUGGGGCCCCAUCGUGACGUCCGUAGGGAGUCUCCUGACCAUCGUCAUGAUGUUCGUGUCCGAUGUCAUUUUUGGAGGCGCGGCGGGCACGGUCACAGCAUGGAGUCUGCUAGGGUCUGGGGCCAUCAUUGUCGCUUUCGGUGUGCUGGCUUACGAUAUGAUGAAGCGGAAGCAUCCUCCCGGUUACAAGCAGAUGGGGAUCGAAAGGAAAUGCUACGGGAAAGGGUUGACAUGA